AUGUCACUUGAAAUCGAAUUUGAUGAAAAUUGGUUGCUUGGAAAGGCAUCUGCAAAGUGGAAAGAUGGUGAAAGGUUGGAUGAUUUUUGGUAUACCAUCAAUACUCAAAGUCAACGUUUUUCCAUUCAAGUUACUAUUAAAUCUUUUGAUAAGAACUAUUUUAAACAUAUAACGAAUUUUGAAUAUUUUAUGAAUGAGUUAAAAUUCCAACAUCAAUUUAUGACAUGUGAACAAUUUGAAAAUUUGGAGCACCAAGUUGAAAGUAUAAACGUUGAAGAUACUUUUAGUGAAAAGCUUAGAAUGAAUUAUGAUAGUGAACUAUUAGAUUUAAAGAUUCCUUCUGAGCUAUUAAUUAGUGAAAAAAAUGAUUUUACUACGCAUAAUAUUUAA